ACUCUACGAGUCGUGAAGUGGCGAAGCGCGGAAGUGUUGCUUUACGACGAUUUGGAGGAACACGCCAGGCCGGCGCUCACUGCUUAUGACUUCUCUGCCCCACACGUGGGCCGCUGUCGGUGAUCCCGCCGGUAGCUCAUACUGUUGGCGUGGACCAGCCAUACUGGAGGACAGAGUGGCAGCGGAUGCCAGGGGUCGUGAGCUGAUGGAUUUUGCUGCCGAGAAUGAAGGAACGUCGGGAGGCGGUCUCCAGAUUGGAGCUGAAGGGGCGCGGCUCUGUCUCCAGUCCUGUACGGAGGGAGUCAGGUCCGUAGCAGGGACCGAGGAGGCCUGCGGUGGAGAGGCGGGUUAUGAACUGACAGGACUGGGAAAGAUAGGGAGUAGAGAAGAAGGAAGUGGACAAAAGGCAGAGCAAAUGCGAAUGGACCUAUCGGUUGUGAAGCAAGAAGUUAUGGACUGGUCGGAAAUGAAAGAAGGUAUGCUGGACGGCCAGUGGGUAAAGCAGGAGGUGGAGGAUGGGCCAGAGGUGAAGGAGGAGAAACCGGACACAUUGGAGGUGAAGGAGGAGAAACCGGACACAUCGGAGGUGAAGCAGGAGAUAGGUAGUAGUUUGGUGGUAAAAGAAGAGAAAAUGAAUGAGCCAGAGGUGAAGGAAGAGAAAGUGAAAGUAAAGGAAGAGGUGAUGGACUGGCUAGAGGUGAAGGAAGAGAAGAAAGAAAACUUGGAGAUAAAACAGGAGGAGGCGUUUGUUGGUCAGAACAUAAAAGAGGAGGUAAUGAUGGAUGAGGUGUGUGUAAAAGAAGAAAAGUAUUUCCCGAAGCAAGAAAUGAUGGAUGAUACAAAGGUGAAAGAAGAGCCUCAGAUAAGUUGCCCAGUGGGCUCCAAGCGGAAACUGGCCAUGUCAAGGUGUGAAACUUGUGGUACAGAAGAAGCAAAAUACAGAUGUCCACGUUGUAUGCGAUAUUCUUGCAGUUUGCCCUGUGUAAAGAAGCACAAAGCAGAACUGACAUGUAAUGGAGUUCGAGAUAAAACUGCAUAUGUUUCAGUACAACAGUUUACUGAAAUGAAUCUCUUAAGUGAUUAUAGAUUUUUGGAAGAUGUGGCAAGAACAGCAGACCAUAUUUCCAGAGAUGCUUUACUGAAAAGACCAUUAAGCAAUAAACAUAUGUACUUUAUGAAAAAUCGUGCCCGAAGGCAAGGAAUUAACUUAAAACUUCUACCCAAUGGAUUCACCAAGAGGAAAGAAAAUUCAACAUUUUUCGAUAAGAAAAAACAACAGUUUUGUUGGCAUGUAAAGCUCCAGUUUCCUCAGAGUCAAGCUGUAUACAUAGAAAAAAGAGUACCAGAUGAUAAAACUAUUAAUGAAAUCCUAAGACCUUACAUUGAUCCUGAAAAGUCGGAUCCUGUAAUUCGUCAAAGGUUAAAAGCCUAUAUUCGCUCUCAGACCGGGGUCCAAAUUUUAAUGAAGGUCGAACAUAUGCAGCAAAAUUUAGUAAGAUAUUAUGAACUGGAUCCUCACAAAAGCCUCCUUGACAAUUUGAGGAACAAAGUGAUCAUUGAGUACCCAACAUUACAUGUGGUUUUGAAAGAAUCCAGUAAUGACAUGAAAGUUCUUCACCAAGUAAAAAGUGAAUCUACCAAGAACAUUGGCAGUGAACAUUGAGCACUUCUGGAGGAAGAAAAUCCCCAGCCAGUUGCAGAGGACUGUGCAUUGACUAGCUGUUGGAUGAUUGGGGUAUUGUCAGUGGGUGGUUGGAAUUUUUGUUUCUCUGAAAAGUAAUUAAACAAUCUAAUUUUUUUUCCCAAAAACAUGUGUUUGCUAGCCUCUCGAAUUGAGUUACAAGACCCUUAAUCCUACUUGCAACCCCUUUUUUACACCUAAUUGACAUACUGGUUAUUUAAUUCAGCCCUGCUGAGUUCUGUAGGCUGAAAACUUUUCUGUUGUUUGGUUUGAUGCAAAACAAACCUAAGCAUCACCUGUGUCCUGUGUCAGCCACAAAGUUGUCAUUCUCUUCAGUGGAACCUCACUAAACAGAAAGGCUGUGGACACAUCUAGCCAUCAGUUGCCCAUUCUUGCCUUGGGAUUCUUGCCUUGGGAUAACUUACCCUCUUGAGAUGAUUGAAUGGGUCUUUUGUACUUGGGUAGGACCAGUCAAUGUCCUGUGGAAAGGCUGAAUAUAUGCUAUUAACUACUAUUUCUAUAUUCAGUGCAGAAAACCAGCGGCUCCACAUUGUUGUUUGAACCCUCAGUGCUCCUAAAUUUGACUGUACUUGUUCCCACGGUGAGCUGUGUCUUAUUAUGAACUCUGUGCCUUUCAUCCCAUUUCCAUUCCAUCUUGUCACUGCCAUGCAGGGCUCUUGUGUUGACCAGUUUUAUGCUGUGUUUUGAAACAUCUAGCAAUAACUAAAGAAAAAACACUUGGAACUCUUCAGUGUUAUUGGAAUGUAUAUGUGUAUUUUUGUAUAUACCUGGCCUAAUUUAUACCUUAUGGCAGUUCAAUACUUGGUGAUCUCACAUAUUGAAAUUAAAUUUUCCUAGUUUUAUUGGAAUUUAUAGUUAUGAAAUUGCAGCAUGACUAUAAGAGUAAAAGAUUAUUACAUCUGGGUUGCAUCUGUGUACUUAAUGGUUAAGAAAACAAAGAUAAACUUGGAUAUUAGUGAAAUUCAUUUUUAGUUUACAACUGGAAUAAAUUUUAGACCAAAAGGAAACCAGAGGCAUUAAUUAAAGGCACUUGGAAAGAUUAGAAAUAUGAAAAGAUAAUGAGAAGAUGAGCCUAGAAGAAGCUUGUAGAAUACAAGUAUGUAUAACUUGGGGUAGAAAUUGGAGAAGAGACUCAAAAGACUAAAAUGCCACAGAGACCCUUGGUAUAAAAGUAAUAGUGGGAAUGGAAUUUACAGGAAGUAAGGUGUAAGAAAUAUAAAUAUGUCCUAAAGUAACUUCAGGAAUCUCCUUCAUACAGUAAAAUGUGCAGAAUUAUGUUUUUCACAAUAUUACUGGGGAGACAACUAAAUGGGAUUUCAAGGAAUUCAUAUUUAAUCUAAAAGGGAAAUUUGUCUUCUUGAAACAGACAAGAAAUAGGAUGAAUUGAAUCAAAGUGUGAAUAGUUGAAUAGAAUUGUUAGUGGGAAAGUGGGAUAAAGUACACAGAAAGACAUGUGAUCUGAAUAUCAGGGUGGAGAGCAAUUUCCUGACAGUGAAAUCUGUUAUGAGGUAGUCUCAUUUCCAAGAAAAGCGCUGAGUUCCAUCCCUUGUAGAACUUAAAUUGAAAACUGGACACAAACCAAUAGUCUCGUUCGUCUCUCUUUGGAGAGAAAAAGAAAACUGGACACAAACCAAAGGAUUUAUCCUGUGUUUUGUCAUCUGCCCAAAAGGAAAAAGAAAGGGAAAAAAAAAAAAUCCAUAUGAACUAAUGCAUCUUUGCCCUCUCUGUUGUCUGUAAUUCUGUUAGACUUUUUAAUUGUAGAUUAUUCCUUAGGAAAGAAUUUCACUAGCAAAGUUCCCUUACAUGUAACUGUCAGCUCAUUUGAUUAAUAAGCACAUUUAUUCCCACAAGAUUUACAAUAAACAUGUGUUUUAGUGAAUAACCAUGUCAAUUGUUUGGAGGGGGGUGAAAUUGGAAUAAUUCACUGAGAGCCCUAGAAAUUUGUAAUAUUAAGA